AGACCGAGAAAGCACUUGCUUGGAAACUAUCUCCACUCUACCAGGAGUCCGUUGCACGAGCUUCUAAGAUAUCUGAAAGCUCCUUCGACACAGUAUGCACAAGUGAAAAUGAUCAAGCUUAUGAUGAUGAAGCCUGCGAGAGGGAGGAAAUUGCUGUAAUACGAUACCUGAGAUUAUUUGCAGAUGAUAAGAGCUGGAAAGAAGGAUUUAAAUCCGCCGCUUGAUUACCUUGUGAUGUCUGAAACCUCGAAGGGAAAACAAAACGUGUCCCAGAUGUGAAGGCACCAGUGUCGCAUGCUAAGACCAUGAAGAGGAUCAAGAUGGCUGAGCACCGAGGAUAUGCCCCGGCAAUCUGCGAGCUCAUGAACUCUGAUGCAGCUGCAUUAGAUCAUGACAAUAAAGGUCCUGAUAAAGCCUUAAAAAAGCCAGCUGAGGAUGCAAUUGUAUGGCCUCCUGUGCUGGUUUUGGAAAACACCCGCACAGAGAAAGGUCUGGAUGGAUUAUGGAAGGGCGUGGAUGCGAUUGAACCCGCCGAGGUUUUCGUAGACCAAUACGUGGGAAAAAUGGACACAAGGGAAGAGUACUGGUUGAGUUUGCUCCGUCAUGCCAGGCUUGGGCUGACGCAAACACCCUACACAAGCAAUGUAAGAUGAAUGCUCGGGGCUACACCGAAUGGCUUGGUGUGAAACCCCGGUGGCGACAAAUGGGUCCGAGUAACAUCAACGAUGGCACUGCUUUUGUUGCUUGAAUGGAGCAGGGAAUCCAAAACGGGUAUUAUACGAGUAUCUUGCUGAGCCAAGGCACAUGCUGGUAUUCUACCCCGCACGCAAAUAUGUUAAGAAUUGGAAAUUCAUAUUUAGACUGUUCAAAGAUAAGAUCAGAACUGGUAGUUGUUGUGUCUGACGAUGAAAGUAACCGCCUAAGAUAACAACGAAGGGAUAUAUAUAUAUAUAUAUACAUACUAUUGUAGAAGUGAAUUCUAUACUUGUUUUCUUAUCAUUACUCUCUGACGAUAUGAAGUUAUUUGUUUGGAUUAUUUCUUCUCACAUGGUAUCAAACCGACACGGCUAAGACAAUGAAGGUAUGUUACUUUCUUGCAAAUCAUGAUACAGUGCUUGUUCUUCUUUUGUUUUCUGCUCAUAUAUCAAACCUAGUUUUUGUUUGAUUCUGAGUUUGAAAGAGUAUUGUUCACAACAAGCUACAUUGCUCUAGUAUACUUAGAAAUAUGUCACAGGACUCUAUUCUGCCCGAGAAGGUUAGAUUAACGGGGUAUAAAAAUUUCUACCUCUAGAAAUACUUGAUAAUUCAAAUUGCUAAGCGUGAAAAGCUUUGAAUCUU